AGAAUGAGACGGAAGAGGAGCAUCGGAGAUACGCGGCGGCUCGCUCCGAUCGUUCCGACUGACUUCCGUUGCGUCAGCUGUUCCUCGGCGAGGAGGAAGCAUCUUGGCGGAGGCUCCGCUGGAGUUGUCGGCGACGCGCAGACGUUCCUCGGCUGUCCGUUAACGCGUACCAACGGCCGAGUCCCGCGCGUACAUGCCCGAGAAUGGAGCAAGCUCAGCAGGCGAAUGGCAACGGCGCCCCGGUCUCGCCGCGGAAGAAACAACGAAUGUCCGCAAGCGGUGGGCCGAUAUCGAAGGUCACGGUGGUCCUCGGCGCGCAAUGGGGCGACGAGGGCAAGGGAAAGGUCGUGGAUAUGCUGGCGAUGGACGCCGACAUCGUUUGCAGGUGUCAGGGAGGAAAUAAUGCAGGGCAUACCGUAGUUGUAGAAGGUGCCGAAUUCGACUUUCACCUUCUGCCUAGUGGAAUAAUCAAUCCCAGAUGCAAAUCCGUAAUAGGCAACGGAGUAGUGAUUCACUUGCCUGGUCUAUUUGAGGAAUUGGAAAAGAACGAGGCCAAGGGACUCGAGGACUGGAAGGACAGGCUUGUAAUAUCAGAUCGGGCACAUCUAGUGUUCGAUUUUCAUCAGCAGGUUGAUGGGCUGCAGGAAUUAGAAAAAGGCACACAGUCAUUGGGAACGACGAAGAAGGGUAUAGGACCGACGUACUCGAGCAAAGCCGCCAGGAAUGGACUCAGAGUCGGGGAUCUCCUUGGGGACUUUGACCAGUUUUCCCAAAAGUUCAAUGCCUUAGCUACGUCGUAUCAAAAGAUGUUCCCUGCCCUCCACGUCGACGUUAAAGCUGAAUUAGAGCGUUAUAAAGAGUACGCCGAACGUAUAAGGCCAUAUGUGAAGGAGACGGUGCAGUACUUGCAUCAAGCGUUAAAGGAUGGCAAGAAGGUCUUGGUGGAGGGUGCUAACGCGGCGAUGUUGGACAUCGAUUUUGGUACUUACCCGUACGUGACCAGUUCAAAUUGCAGUAUAGGUGGAGUGUCGACGGGUCUCGGUUUACCUCCCAGUACGAUCGGUGAGAUAAUCGGCGUCGUAAAAGCCUACACCACCAGGGUCGGCGACGGGCCAUUCCCCACGGAGCUUUUGGAUUCCACCGGAGAGCUUCUGCAAAAACGGGGCAACGAGAUCGGCGUGACCACGAAGCGAAAGAGACGUUGCGGGUGGCUCGAUCUGCCGUUGCUAAAAUUUACGACAAUGGUUAACGGAUACACUUCUAUAUGCUUAACGAAACUCGACAUUUUGGAUACGCUAGCCGAAAUCAAAGUUUGCGUGGGAUAUCGUUUAAAUGGCAAGGAUAUAAAUUAUUUUCCGAGCAGUACUUGGGAGCUGGCGAAGAUAGAGACUGUGUAUGACACACUCGAAGGUUGGCAGUCCACUACCGAAGGUGUACGUUCCUUGGAAAAAUUACCACCCAACGCGCACAAGUACAUUAGACUCAUAGAGAAAUACUUAAACGUACCAGUCAAGUGGAUCGGCGUGGGAGCGGGGCGCGAGAGUGUGAUCGCUCUCUGACGACGUACGGUUCACGAGGAAAUGUUACUUAAACGCACGGCAUUAAAUGUAUUACUAAUUUUAAUUUUAUCCGUAAUGUUUGCAACGCAAAGCUGAUGAGCGCACAGGAGACGAAUCUUAACUUAAUAAGUUUUUAGCGAGCGUAGUAUUAUUUGCGAAACUUGAGUGCUCGUGAAUGUACACACAUACACACACACACACACACACACACGCAGCGUUGUUCAAUCGACAAUGCGAACAUUUUUAGUUGUUUCGUAGUCAGUAUCUAACAGAGCAAGCCGAAGAUUGUGUAAAGAGACCGUUCGUUAUUUCAUCAGUCUAUUUUAAAUAGACUUUGUUAUUAGAGAUGCGUCAAGAUACGUUCGAAUUUGAGCAAUCAUUAUUAUUAUAUCUUUAAUCGUUGGCUUUUAUGUGUCACACAUGUAGGAAUGUAUCCGCGAAUUCGUGCUGAAUUCGACAAUAUGCUGCCACGUUCUCCAUGCAGCGCACUCGGAACGCGAGAGAAGCAGAGAGAAAGAAACCGAUAACAUCUCGAUGUGUGUGUCGAAAGAUAUCGGGUAUCGCAGCUCGCCGCGACUGUGACAGUCCUCAGCUUAGCGACCGUAUCAGUAACGAUAAUGUAUCUACAUUCUGCUAUCUGCUCGCGUCGACCAGCAAUCUGUGUAUCUGUAUAUAAUAUAUAUAUACACAACGCGCAAGAUUACGAUUUACAAAAUAUAAUUGCGUAUCCCGAUGAUGUUAGCAGUUUGGACUUGUAAUUAUACACCGUUCUUUGUAGUA